AUGGCUAAGCUUUUUGUUUUCUCUCUUUGCUUGCUUCUUAUAAUCAACAGCUCUCUAGGGUCCCACCAGCAGUUUCAGCAGCAGAAUGAGUGCCAGUUCGACCAGCUCCAGUCCCGGGAGCCCGACAACCAGAUUCAAUCCGAGGCUGGUCUGACCGAAUCCUGGAACCCCAACGACCAGCAGUUCCAAUGCGCCGGCGUUGCCAUGGUUCGACGCACCAUCCAACCCAACGGCCUUCACUUGCCUUCCUUCCUCAACUCUCCGCAACUCAUCUACAUUGUUCAAGGUAGGGGUGUGUUGGGUGUGGCGUUCCCCGGCUGUCCUGAGACGUUCGAGGAUUCUCAGGACCAGCAAUUCCAGCACCAACAACAAUUCCAGCCGUUCCAGCCCUCCCGACGACACGGAGGACAGGGACAACAACAACAGCAAAGCGAGGAGAACCAAGACCGCCACCAGAAGGUCCGACACAUCAGAGAGGGUGACAUCAUCGCCUUGCCCGCCGGUGUCGCUUACUGGAGCUACAACAACGGCAACCAGGAUCUCGUUGCUAUCUCCCUCCUUGACUUCAGCAACGAGCAGAACCAGCUCGACCAACAGCCUAGGAGAUUUUAUCUAGCUGGCAACCCACAAGACGAGUUCAGCCAGCAACAAGGCCAACGGUAUCAGCAGGGCCGCCAACAGCAACAGCAGGGCCGCCAACAGCAGCAGCAAGGCCGGGGUGGACAGCAAGAAAGGGGCCAACAAGGCCGGCGUGGACAGCAGCAACAGGGGGGCAACAGCAAAAACCUCUUUGCCGGCUUCGACACUCAGAUGCUCGCUCAGGCUCUGAACGUCGACGAAGAGAUCGUCAACAGGCUCCAGGGAUUGAACGACGACAGGAACGAGAUUGUCCAGGUGCAGGGCCAGCUCGACUUCGUCGGCCCAUUCAGCCAGGGCGAGCAGGAAGGGAGACGCCAGAUGGGAGGAGGAGGCCGCGACAACAGUUUGGAGGAGACAUUCUGCAGCAUGAGGCUCAAGGAGAACAUCCGCGACCCUUCUCGCGCCGACUUCUACAGCCCUCAGGCUGGCCGCGUUUCCGUCGUCAACAGCGGCACCCUUCCCAUCCUCAGCGCUCUCCGCCUCAGCGCCGAGCAUGGCGUCCUUUACAACAAUGCCAUCUACAGUCCAUACUGGAACCUCAACGCGAACGAACUUGUAUACGUGAUCAGAGGCAAUGCUAGGGUUCAGGUGGUGAACGAGAACGGAGACGCCAUCUUGGACGACGAGGUCAACGAGGGACAGGUGUUCUUGAUUCCCCAGAACCACGCCGUCAUCACCCAGGCAGGCAACCAGGGAUUCGAGUACAUUUCCUUCAGGACGAAUGACUUGGCCCUCAUUAACACCAUGGCAGGGAGGACCGCCGUGUUGAGGGCGAUACCGGAGGAUGUGCUUCGCAAUGCCUUCCAGAUUGACCGCCAACAGGUCAGGGAUCUCAAGAACAACAGGCAGGAGACCCGAGUGUUGAGCGCCAGCUCUUCUUCCUCACGCCGACCAUGGUCGAUCAUGCCAUGA